AAUUGUGGAGCUUUUUCUGAAAAAGAACGGAUUUUAACGUUUUCGACCUCAUCUCAGUAUUUCGCGGUUUUCUCCAUCAAGAUUCAAUUUUUUCGAGCUCGGAAAGUGAUAUUCGUGAUCAGCAUGACCUGGUGAAUCAGAAUAUGUAUAAUAAAGUCAAAAAUAAAUUUCACUGUCAGUUUGCUUUCCGUGCACCUUAUAAUUCUCUUUUAAAACUUUCUUUAUUCUCCAUUUCUAAAUUAAAUAAUACUUUUAUUAAAUAUAGGUUAUGCGAGGUGAUUUAUGAAAGCGACACUAGUUUUUUCGAAAAAAUGGCGUUACUUUUAUUCUGUGAGCUAACCACUUACAUAUAGUAAGAGAUGGCGGUUCAAGAUUCUAAUUUUUUAUAUCGUAUAGUUAGUUUUCUUACUGUUAUCUCAGUUAAAGGUGUUUGUUCAUCCUGAACCACAUCAUCACAUGCUAACUUAUUGUCAUCAGAUAGAUCUAAAUCACCAGAGCUCAUUCGAUCCUGUUCUUUUUUUCUUUGAAUAAGACGUCUUUGUAUUUGAACGUCCGAUUCCACCUAAAUAUUUACAUAAAAUGUAUAGGUAUAAUUUUGUUUGAGAAAACUUUUUGUGAAACUUCGUACUUUAGAGGACUUUAUUUUAUUCAAUUCAUUUGGUUCUUCUGUUGUUUCAGGGGUUUGCUGAAACGAGAACGCAUUAUGAAUUCGAACAAAAACUACUUAAAUACAAUAUUCACUUAUUAGUGACGUGGAAAGCUGAUAUUGAUCAUUCAACGUUUUGUAUUGGCUAUAAACGUUGGGAUAGGAAUCGUAGAUCGGGUUUUAAGAAUCUUCAGCUGGUUGAUCUUCCUCAAACAGCAUAUGGAGUUGAUUGGGUCAAAGUCAACAACAUCGCACGUCUAACCUCUAAAAAUAAAGCUUAUUUUUACGUAAAUACACCUGAACGUGAACAACAGAUUAUUCAUGCUAUAUGUCCAAAUGCCAAAUAA